AUGAGGGCACCACCGUCGCCUAGAAAAUCCAGAUCUGGUCAUUUUCUUUACCUGUAUUUUCGACUGCGUCAAUUUUUUAGCUGCCAGAGAUUGAAGAGAAGGUGGCAUGUCCACAAACUUCACAUUCACCAAUACAAUACUCGCUGGAAUUUGAGUCCCCUUUCCGAAACACGCAUUGAAGAUAUGAUAAAUGAACCCUCCAGCUUGUGUCCAGGGAGUUCCAAAAAGAAGCCACUGUUGAUAGCAAGGUUUUCAAAGGGUUGCCAAGAAUCACCAAGGGUAUACGUACUGCAAAGGAAUAGCUUGUCUCGUUUAAAAUUAAGCAAAAGAAAAUAUGCCCUAAGGUUCUACCACAAUGAAUUUUUCGGUAAGGAUUUAAAGAGAAAGGAUGGAAGUAUCUACGGAAUUCAACACCAACAGUGCGCAGAAACCGUUAGAAAAAUCAAGAAAGUCACAGGAAAACAUGCUGACGUAAAAAUAAUAUUCCACGAUAAGAAUACUAUAAGAAGUGACAAGCUAGGGAUUAGGAAUAAUAGGAAGUGGACUAGGACCGGCGCUCUUGAAGAAGAAGAAGAAGAUUCUUCUUCAGUAUAUAUCAGAUUUUGUGAUGAUCAUUCCCUGAGGGUCAAAGAUUAUCACUCCUUGCACAAGCAUUCUAAAAAAACUUUUUCACAGAAACAAAGUAACCUUGUAGUUGGAAAAUCUGAGUUGCUUGAGAAACUUUUUGAAGAGGAACCGUUGCGGCAGAACAAGGGCGUAGGGAAAAAACCUGGUACGAUUAAGAUACAAGAAUUCCAAAAUUAUCCUAUCGUUUCCUUUUCUCGUGUCAUUUGA